UUACGUUGUUGUGUUGUGUUAGUCAUGAGGAUGGUGAUUGUUAUCAUGGGUAUUUUGUGAGAUCUAUUUCGUACACAGAAGAUGAGGACACUCACGAGGGACAGUCAUUGAUUCAGGAGGAUCGGUUUUAACGUUCGUUGUGUUCGACUUAUAGACACAUUUUGUGUAAUUAACUUGUGAUUGUGGUUCUUGACGUGGCGGCCAUUUUGGAUUACUGAGCGUGUGCGUUGUGAUUCAGUAUUUAGAGACACACAAGCAUUUGGCAACAUGGCUUUAGAAAUGAACUCAUUUACCGACGGAAUGUUAAGACAGAGAGUGGUGGCACAGAUAGAGGCAGCUCGGGAAGGUGCGGAACUCGAACCUGGAACCAACACAAGUGAAGAGAUGGAAAAUGUCCUUUACAGUAAUGCCAAAAGUCGGGCGGAGUACAUGCAGCUGAUUGCCUCCCUUGUCCUCCACUUAAAUGAGAAGAAGCGAAGUGCGCGCCGAGCUGCUGAACAACAGGUGGAAGGCGCUGGCGAGAGCAAUGGUGCCGGUGCCAGUUAAUAACCUGUCAGUCACAAAACACCGAUGUCGUUUCUUGGACUAUGAAAGAAGUGAUUUUACAACUCCACAAAGUCAUGAAAUUUGGAAGUGCGUUAUAUAAAUAUGACUUUCAGUUGCACGCAUUGUCUGAAAGUUGGAUUUGGUUGCAUUUUAGCAGUCAACACAACAGACCAGAACACAAUACGGAAAAAUAUACAAUAUGCUGAUAUGCAAUAAUAACAACCUGGUAAUAAUGGAAUGUUACUCACAGUAAUUUAAACUGUUAAAUUAUUUAUAUUUCUUUGAAUGUCUCACAUCCCAAAGUCAUGAACAAAAACGUGAUCUCCACCAAGGGAGACAACUCUAGUUUUGAAUGUUUCUGCGUGAAUUGUGAACUUUGGGUCAAACAAAACUUACUUGAUAGAAUUUUAGUACUGUACUUUUCUUGUACUGUUUUACAAUAUUAGAGUAUAUCUUAAAUGUGUGUCUAUUAUCAGUGUUAAUACUUAUUGAUUUAAGCUAUCCUCUUUUUCUAGUUAGUGGUUUUAAUUAAUCAAUGAUUACUUGCCAUUUUUGUGUACAAUGAAUAAUCAUUGUAAAUCUUGUUAAUAGUUGAAGGUUUAAGAUCUGAAUUUGUUUUGUAGCAGUUCCUGUUUUGAUAUCAAGUGUCAGAAAAGAUCAAAGUUCUUUGCAUUCAUCUCAUUUUUCUGAUAUUGAUUUUUGUAAACUCCCCGAUCUCAGUAAUGAUGUUCAACCAGCAGACGUUAAAAAAAAGAAAAAAAGUAUGCAGUCCAAUCCUUCUUCACCAUACAGCGUUUCCAAGCGAGACAAAGUACCAACAAUCUUGAACUGUCCACAUGGUCAAUGAAACAUUCCAUUCCUUAUUAAAAGGUGUGGAGUAAUGUCCCUUUGUAAAACAAUCUGCAACCAUACAAAAUUAGGGGGAGAAAAUAGUUCUUUUGGAAAAAGUAGUUCUGACGUGCUUGCCCCUGUUAAGGUCAGAUAACUCUGUGCUUUCUCCUUACCAGAAAUUGUAUGAACUUGGAAUCGUGUCCACUGUAUGCUGUCUGUCUAUCCUUUGCUUCUUGCUUCGGUGCUGUUGUCCUGUCUUAUCUUGUAUCCUGUGGAUAUGUCCGCUUCAUCACACACUACAUUGGGAGAUAUACAUUACUUUCCUCAGAAUAAAAUGGUAGAUGUCA